CAUUGGUUUAUGCUCAAAUAACGCCCACUACGGUAAUCUCACGUGAACUCCAUCUCUAGAUAGCUCUCAGAGCAGACGGCCUGUUUUGUUUUCGUAUUUGCGUGCGCAUUGUUGAAGCCCAGCACUUAAACGCACAGGUAGACGAUUUACACAAGGAAGUUUGAAAUGGGUAUAUUGAGGGUGUGUUUCCUUGCAGCGAUGUGCGCGGGUGUGGUGAUGUGUUGUCAGCCCCCAGAUUGUGACAGGGAAGACUGUGGCACAUGUGGAAAUGCUUGUUGUCAAGUGGAGUUCUUCUUCAAGGCAUCAACCCUUGAUGUUUAUAACUUGAUGGUGGACAACUUGAAAAAGGGAGGUGCAGAUUCCAGAUAUACAUACAAAGGAGGCCAGGAUUUGAGACCGUACAACACAACGGCGGACUUCGUCCUACAGGCUUGGCACACAACCCUGAAAAACCAUUACAAUGACACCCUGGAUUUCACGGUUCUCCCCAGUUCCACUGGCUUCACAUCCGUCACGGCUUUCUCCAUUUCUCAAAUCGCAGGGGCUUAUUGUGAUGCCGGCCAGAACUACAAAAACCUCGUGGGUUAUGUCAAAGGAUUAAAUACGCCAUAUCAGAUGAUCGUCAGCCGAGGAUGUCCUCCACCCACCUCCAGGAGAUGAAGGUCGAAACGUUAAGCAGCUAAUUUGAAAAUUCUGCACGUUCAUGUACUAUAAUAAAACUCUGAAUUUGCGUUUUUGUCGUAUGUGAAUGUCUUUCUUUCCAAACUGACAGAAACCGUUAGGGACUUGGAUUUUUACGGGAAUCGUGCAUUAGCUAUGAUCAUUCAAUUGUUUAUUUAACAGUGUAUUGAAAAAUUUUUCACUUCCCUGACCAAGGUGAGGCAUAUACGGGUGGAUUUGGAUAAUAUUGCAUACUGUGAUUUAUUUAUUUGAUUGGUGUUUUGCGCCGUACUCAAGAAUAUUUCACUUGUACGAGGGCGGCCAACAUUAUAGCGAGAAGAAACCAGGCAGAACACUGGGGGCGUGAGGGGGGACCCACAACUAUCCGCAGGUUGCUGACAGACCUUCCCACGUAAGGCCGGAGAGGAAGCCAGCCUGAGCUGCUGGAGAGUGUGAAGUUGACUCCAGCACAAUGAUGCAUAUGUACAUAUUCUUGGUUUUACGAUACAUAUACUUAAGAGUGGAAGUCUUUACAAAGUCUCUAUGUACCGAACAUGCAUAUAGUUAUGUCUUCUGGAAACUUUGGUGUCUUAAAAUGAUUCAACGGCUUACAUCCAUAUCAACAUAAUUUUAUAUCCGUACAAAUACAGAACUUCUAUUAGUUUCUGGUUCAAUGCGCAUGGCUUUUGACAUUAUUUUCGUCACAUCACGGCGGUGUUGCAGCCGCUAUAGGCCAUGUCUGAUGUCUACAUUUUUCAUUAGUGCUGGUUCACUUGAAUGAUAUACCUUAAGAACAACACACAAUGAUUGGGAGAAUCAAUCUAAAAUUAUUCGCUCCAUAUCACGACAGUGUCUCAUUAAAACAGUUCUGAUGUCAGCAUAUGUAGUGCUUCCUCUCUGAAACACUACGUCAUAACAGUACAAAUAAAAGCAAAAAGAAAUCACGUAUCGGUGUAGAAAUUCAUAUUUCAGUAAUUUCGAAAACGUGACAGUUAAAUUCGGACGGCUGAGAAGUGUAUACAUGUCUUACAUGCUGGAGUUCUAUAAUUUGUGAACAAGCAACAGAGUGCUUUAUAUGCAACAAUGUGACUAACGUGUACAGGUACUCACAAGCUAAUUUGGUAUUAACAAAUAUAAGACUAAUAUGUACAGUAUACAAUACGCAUACACUGCAAGCUUAACAUUAUAUGUACACAAUUAUUAAACAACGCCACAUAUUUCUCAUAUAUAAUCAUGACCGUUUUCAGAGCAUAUUAACCCACAUGCGCGAUUUUUCUUACAAUAUAGUUAAGGAAGAUGUGAGGCACUCUGUUUCUGUUCAACCCUUGCAUUAACUAUUUGAACAUCCUAGUAGAGUAGGAUGUUAUGUGAGUGGUCAGUUAAUGGGGUUUAAAAUCCGUCGUUGGUCUCAAUAUUUUCCUCUCUCCUGUUACUGAUUCGAGAUUUUCUGUCCAACAAUAAACACGUUCAGGAAAUAGUUUCAAUAUAUUUAAAGUUGCAAUUUGCUUUACGUUUGUUAGAAUAUUAAUCAUAGCGACUACAUGGGGUGAAAAUUCAUAAUCUGUAUAAGGCUCGGUACAUUUCUGUGUGUAAGAUCCUGUAUAUAUCUCUCUGGUCAUCAACUGCACAAUUCAAUGGCUUUACAAUAUUAUGACUAACAAAAUAAUCCAUAAACACUGUGUUUUUAUACAAAAGAUGUUUUUUAGACACGAUCUUAAAAACACGCAUAAGCAAAUGUACAACUCAAAA